AUGGAGACGGCAGACAUGCUGCCGAUGGAUGCGCUGGUGAUAGUUGGCUGCAGCUGGCUCGCGUUCUUCCUCUUCGCCUAUGCAUUCUUCUCCAUGUGGCUAUUCCAAGACUACGAAGUCAGGGACACAGGCGUGUUUUCCCGCUUUCUCUUCUGCGUUACGUUCAUGCUGUCGUUCAGCAUCUUUGAAGUUCUCAUCUUCGAGCUCGCGGACAUCCUCACGCCGGAGAUGCGGCAGCUUGUAUGGCAAAUCGACCUUGUGGGCCUCGCAUUUCUUAUCGCGUACAUGAUCCCUGUUGUGCUGUUCUACACCAUGUCCAGAGAGAAGCGCCUUCGUCGCUACCACGCUAUUGCGGUCACAUGUGUGUUGGAAGUGAGCUUCCUUUACGCAUUUUGGAAGUCAGGCGAGUAUGUACCAUCCCUGCCAUACGAAAGAACCACCACCAGGGAUUCUCCACAGGAUACCUCGUUCCUGUUUGGCCUGUUCACGCUUGAGGGAUUCAUCAGUCGAGUUGGCUUUCUCGGGGUAAACUUCAUGGCGGUUUUGUCUGGCUUUGGGGCUGUCAACAUGCCGUACGAAUCCAUGACGAUGUUCUGGCGCAGCGUGGCCGAGGACGACAUCCUCGGCCUUGAACGACGAGUGCGACAAAACUUGGACAUGAUCGUGGUCAAGAAGAAGCGAAUUGUGUACGAAGUGCACUCGGCGAGGGUAGCAGGAAAAGCAUCAGGAAGGUCGUUAAACCCGCUGGGACGAUUGUGGGGCGCCAUCUUUCCGAAAGAAGACAAAGAGUCGUAUGUGCAAACCCUACAAAGCGAAGUGAAAGUUUUGGAAAAUCUGGGAAAAGAAUUGUUUCUCGAACUGCAUGCAAUGCGUGAGUUGCAGCAACGGGCCGUCGAGAAGCGCACGUUGAAGGGACGCAUCUUCAAUUGGAUUGGCAUGGCCUUUUGCGGAUUUUGCGUGUACAAGAUGAUCAUGAGCACGAUCAACGUCGUGUUUCGGCGCGAUCGAGACACGGACCCGAUUACGAGUGCAGUGGUCAAGAUUUUAUACCUGUGGCCAUCGCUCACGUCCUGGGUACGUCACUGGUCUAAUUAGACUGUCCGACUUGACGCAUCGUGGUGUAGAUUAACGUGCGAUUCCUUGCCAACUUGUCAUCCUUGGUUUUUGUUGGUAUUCUCGUCUUUACGCAGACGCGCGGGUUCUUGAUUCUAGUCCUCAAGGUUCUUUCCACAGCGACGACGUUGUUCAUUUUUGACGAAUGGUAUGUGGUAGUUUUUUCGGUUCUUUUCGAGCAGUGUGUCGUCCAACUCGGUUGUGUUGUCGCUGGCAAACCUGAUGGGGAUGUAUUUUGUCUCGUCCUUUGUCAUGAUGCGGAUGAACCUGCAGGCGGAAAACAAACGGCACAUCGAUGCGGUGCUGGGACGCAUCGACUACUACGGGUUUGCGUCUUGGUUUGACGUGAUCUUUGUCGUGAGUGCCACGUGCAGCAUCGGGCUUCUUGGGCUCCUCAACUACUCGAAGGUGUCCCGGACCGCUCAGGACAGUUUCAGUGUGUUCGACAAAUAUCCUUGAGAGGAAACCCCUGGACAUUAAUUUAAUCGUCGUCAUAUCGCA